GGGAGUACGAGAGAAGAAGCGGGCGAGCAAGAUGGCGGCAGCAGUGGCGUCGGACCCGAGCUGAGUUACCCGGAGGAUGAGGCAUUCUCUGGAGCAUCCCGUCCUCUCUGAGGACCCUGUCAGGAUGACGGCCCCCAUGAUGCCGCAGCAGCCCCUCUCUGAGUGGCUGGCCGCCUUCUCUGCUUCUGGGCUGGAGGCCGGGCAGCACGCCGGACAUCACCCAGCUCCGUUUUACCCAGAAGGACACCUGGAGUACGUCGAGCCCACGGCUGUAGCAGACUCGCUCCUGGAGCUGGCUCGAUCUGUUACGUUCCCUCUGCCUCAUCUAGGAACGGUCCCGGGGCUCUCCUUGGAGGCCCAUCAGCCCUCCUCGUCACCCGGGCGACUCCAGCCGUGCCCGGAGGUCACGCUGGGGCAGCUGCACGUGGCUGUCUGGCCUUCCCCGGAGAAGCAGAAGCAGCAGGACAGCGAACCUGAUUCUCUUGACGUUUCUCAGCCCCUGAAGAGAAGGAAGCUCAACCUGCCUGGUGACGACCUUUCUCCGUUGAGGUCGCCUCUGUCCCACAGCCCGCUGUCUCUUGGGCAAACCUCACUGCCACUCCCUGGUGCGUCCCUACUCCCAGAGCUGUUGACAGUGGACAGCAGUCAGCUCUAUGACCAUGAACUCGAACCUGCCUCAGCCAUGGGCCAGCUGCUCAGUGUGGAUUCUUGGUCUGCUUUCCCCACGCUUGGCAUCGGCCCGGGGGCCCGUACCAUUCCCCUCACUUCUUCUCCGGUUCUUUGUGAUGGGCUUCCCAUGAGGGCAUUGCCUGGGGAUGGGUUUUUGCUGAGCCUCGAGGGAGGCAGCGAAAACCCGCAGGACACGUCAGGGUCCGGGAAGAACCUUCAGGACCCAUCUGCCCUGGUCUCCUCUAGCUUCCCAGAGGACUUUGUCAAUGCCAGUGCUCCCAUCCCCAUCCUGGGCCAAGUGGGAGAAAGGACCUGCUCCUCAGCUCAGUACUGGACUCCAGAGCAGCUGCUCCCCCCAGCGGAGCUGGCUUGUCUCCCCGAGGCGAGCUCCCUGCUCGAGGCCGAUCGAGACCCGCCGUCGACUCUGCAGCCGCAGGAAGGAGCUUUGUUCUGGAAGAGCUGGGCCCAGAGGAAGAAUGAAAAGAUCCUGGAGAAGGCAGAAAAUGAACCUCAGGGACUAGGAAGAAGAAAACCCACCCUUUUUCAGGAAGACGUCCUCUCUGUGCCAAUAGCAGAGCUGAACCAAGGCCUCUGCCUGAUGACCCAGGAGGCCAGGAGGCAGGACGGCUCCAGCUAUGAGGCAGACGUGCUCUAUUACUUAUUUCUCUGUAUUCAGAAGCAUAUGUUUGACAACAGUCGGAUUGACAACAUCUUCACGGACCUUUACUAUCUGAAGUUUUUGGAAAGGCUUCACCGAGUGAUGAAAGGAUGGUGUCCUCGAGUCAGCCCCUUGGGGCGUGUGCUGUCCAGCUGCAUCGUGGAGCAGAUGCUUUGGGACUGUCGGCAGCUGGGAGCUCAUUCGCCGAGUACCCUUCUCUUUACCCUGAUGUACUUCAACACCAAAUACUUCAUCUUAAAGACGGUGGAGCAGCACUCCCAGCUGGCCUUCUCCAAAGUGCUCAAGCAAACCCGGAAGAAUGCCGGUGUGGGCAAAGACAAGAGCCCGACAGUGAGGUUCCUUCGGCUGUACGGACAGAUCCUGGGCGGCCUGAAAGAGGAGAUGUAUGGAGAGCAGCUGGAGAACCCCGAGAACCCCUUGCAGUGCCCCAUCAAGCUCUAUGACUUCUACCGCUUCAAAUGCCCGCAGAGCGCCAAAGGGCCCAGUGAUGCCUUCUACCUGGUCCCCGAGCUGGUUGUGGCCCCCAACAGCCCCAUCUGGUACUCGGGCCAGCCCGUGGGCACGGAGCUGAUGGAACAGAUGCUCACCCGAAUCCUCAUGGUCCGGGAGGUUCAGGAGGCACACGCGGCGCCCCAUGUGCCUGCCUCGCGGUGAGGGGCGCCCAGCACGCACACCUGCCCACCCGCCCGCGUGCCCUGCUCUCCGUGGCUCAGUCUGGAAAGGUCACUCAGAGAUGCUCGGCAGCCAUGUGGAGUGGCCGCUCAUGGCGGUUCCACAGCCAGAGAACUGUGUUUUGGGAUUUUUUCUGGUUUCUUGUGGCACGGGCACACAAGUGCUUGGGAAUGAAUGGUGGGCAGUGUACGUGUUUAGUCCGGGUCUAAAUUGCGAUGAGGGAGGAAUUCACAAAGAAAGCUUUGCUUAGUCCUAGCCCAGAGGCCGGCUAGGCUGUGGGAAGCCCACGGUGUCCUCGCACCCAGGAUGGGCGGGCCUCCUGGCCUUCCAUGCUGGCUCCCCGUCACAGGUCUGGCGGAUGAGGGUGAGGAGGUUGGGGCUGGGGCGGGCCGGCCGUGGGUGAGGUUGGUGCCUCCGUGUGUUUCACUCAGGCCCUGACCCUGGAUGCUGGUGUCCCUGUAGCAUGUGGCCAGGCUUCAGUUUACUAAGAAAGAGCUGAGAAUGCUGUACAACCUUACCUCAGACGGGCUGUAGGAGGCUGGGCCUGGGGCUGCCCUGGGGCUGGGGCGGCCUUCUCCCAUUGGUCAGCUUCUCUAGGUCUUGCAGGGAGAUUGACCUAUUUUUAUAAAUGCCUUUCUGGGAGAGAAAUCACUCUUUAGGAGUCUGGCAAUGCCGGGCUCUGCUACUACAAUGGAGCUCUGAUUUGGAAAUAAAGUUUUUCUUUUGAUCAGUCAA